AUGUCAGCCGGGUUCCGGGGUCUCCUCCGGGUUCUGCGGGGUCUCCUCCGGGUUCGGGCAGCGCAGGUUCGGUUCGAGACUUUCCGCAGGACAUCAAGGACGAGUUUACCGAGCUGCUGCGGGUUUGUGUGUGUUUGUUCUCUCGCAGUUCGGCUGCAGCUCCAGGCCACGGCCGUCGGUGAGGUGGUGAUCAAAGGAAUCUGCGCAAACCGUUACCUCGCCAUGAACUCGGACGGACGACUGAUCGGAACGAGGAGAACAACAGAUGAAUGUUAUUUUCUGGAGCGCCUGGAGUCGAAUAACUACAACACGUACCGAUCCCGGAAGUAUCCCGACUGGUACGUGGCUCUGAAGAGAACAGGCCAGUAUAAAGCGGGUUCGAAGACCAGCCCGGGCCAGAAGGCCAUUCUGUUUCUGCCCAUGUCAGCCAAGUGCUGAUGGAGAGAUGCGGUCAAACACAGAGCGAGACCGACAGACCCCUGACGCAGACGCGCUUCUAACCGACGAUCAGCUCAUCCGGAGAAGUCUAGAUUCUUCAGCGUGUCUGGAAAAAACACUUCCCUUCAGCAUUUCUAUCUAGGAACGCUUCCCAAAACAGAUGUACUUGGAGAGCAUUACAGGUUUAUUUGUUCGUGUUUGGUCACCCUGGAGAUAUCAGCAAUAUCCGCAGAAGAGAGACUCGGCGCUUUCGUCAAUUCUGACCCCAAAUCCCACCGAUAUGAUCUCAGAUCCAACUUUCCAAAACACUCUCUUAUUCCACUCGAUUCCCUCGGGUUGGCUCGGAGAGUUCACUUAUCUGCACUAUACGCUCGUGAAUUCGUGACUGCAUUUCUCGCACGAGUGUGUUUAGUACGGCUACAAAAUGUGAGUUUACUUUAAUGCUGCUCCUUUAUGCAAAAGGCUUGUAUAUGCAAGUAUUUCUAUACUGUAUUUUAGAGAAAGAAAGGGUUUUGCAAACACAAAGUUUCACUUUGAUGAAGUACAUCAUGAAUGUCAAAAACUUUAUUCUCUUUUUCAUAUAUAUAUAUAUAUAUCAUCUUGGCUAAGAAACAUAGUUUCUAUUUAGUUUAGUUACAUUGUUGCUGUGAGUAACAAUAAGAUUAACAGUAACAGUUUAUCUUUUUUUUUUUGUUGAGGUA